GCUCGAGACCACAGUAAAGUUCCAAUGUUGCUAAGCAACAGGGAAAAAAAUUAUUAAUUGUUGUAGCUAAAGUAAAAGAUUUGAUCGAAGUCACCUGAAAGCACAGCUGUGGGCCUCCCUCUGUCAGCUGAGGCAUGGGCAGCCGGUCCAGUCCCACUCUAGAUGAGGUUCACUGUCUGCGGCCUCUGUGCUCCCACACCUGCUGCUGGGAGGCUGAGCGGCGUAUCCGUGAAGGCAGACCGCAAAUGAUGAAGACCGUGCCCCCUGUCAGGGCACCAGCAAAGGCCUCUGAAGAGGCUCAGUUUCCAGCCAUCACUGUGGUUAGGGCAUCAGAGUGGCUUGAUGCUGGGUCACCAAGUGAAGAUGAUUUCUCAGAAGCUGAUACCAACACUCUCAUCAGCCAGGUUGAUUUACCAAAGGGAGCAAUAAGACAAGAAAAUGUCCAGAUUCCCAGUUGCACCUCAGCCAAGCGUACUCAUCUGGAACCACAAAGAGGAAACAGGACAGUCAAGCUAAGCACCGUCCACCUCAGCCCCUUGUCCAGUUACACCAGUACAUCCCAGUCUUUAAAGCCCAAACUGAUGCAAGCUCUCAGUUCUUGUCACAAUCUACCUCGUGACUCCCGACACAGUGCUACGUCUCCUCGACUGGCUGUCAAGGAACUGAUCAUCCCUCUGCCUUCUGCUGAGACUAACAAAUCAGAUGGGAACAAGGUCCACCGUCUUGUUUCUGUGGGUCACUCUCUGGCUACUGCCCCUGAUGACCAGCAGGCUCUCAGGUCAGCGCAGACCUCCCUCCACCUCAGGAAUAAUCCGAGGGUCAUUCAGCCUGUCACGGAGAGGAUACAGCAGAGGCGCACCCAAGAGCAACACCAUACCUCCAAAUAUAAACUACGCACGUCACAGACUGCAGAUCAGAACAAGGCUGGAAUAGAUGGGACUGACUGGGAGAGCCUGAAGAGACAGACGCUCCUGUGGAGCAGGAAAACACAGCUCGCUGAGAGUGAGCGGCCUUCAUCUUAAGAGGACAAGGCAGACUAUGUGCCAUGCAGCCUCCACCUAAUCCCCAUGCCAAGCUUACACUGCCAGUCCACAAGCUCUUCAACCAGAGAAACUUCUAAGAUAUUUCGCAGAUCCACCGCUGCCUGCCAUCUCGUCUCAUCUCUGAUAUUUGAAGAAGACAAACAAUGAAGAUGAGACUGUGUGAUUAAACGCAUUAAAGCCUUCUGUACAGUAACA